CAGUGAAUAGGAAACGACGUUACAAACUUAUAAAACAUAAAAUAAACGAGGAAGUCAUUAUAAAAACAAGUUCCUACUUUUGUAAACGAAUCGAUAAAAAUAUUCGUUCUGAUUAUGUAAUGUGACGCGAAUAAAGACAGAGUGAUAAAACAAUAUGAUAGUAUUCUAAAUAGUUUUCAAGUUUCUAUAAUACUUUUUAGUGAUCUUUGAGACAAUUCUAUUUUGUGCGGAGUAAUUUAAACAAAUCUUGAAUUCAAGAUGGCAGCAGGGGUAGCACGCUGGUGGCGGGAGAUGUUGCGCAGGCGACCUGUUCUCACCAACACUGUUGUCUAUGGUACUUUCUACACAGGUGCUGAGCUGUCACAGCAAACUUUCAACAAAAUAUACUCGCCCGAGAAGCCCGACGUAGAUUUAGCAGCUGCAGCCAGGAUAGUAGUAGCUGGGUGCACAAUUUAUCCAACAUCACUAUAUUUUUGGUACAGAUACUUGGAUAAGAAGUUCGUUGGUACGGCAAUAAAGACUGUGGCUACAAAGGUGGCAGCAGAUCAACUCAUCGCGACUCCAAUAUUACUUGCUGGUUUUUACACAUGUAAGUUUAUGUGAUGGCCUUAAUAGACAGUAUCACACUCCUGUUUGAAGCCAUCUAUGAAG